AUGGUGAAGACGAAUGUAUUAUCGAAGAUUAGAUCUUUCAAUGGCAUCAACAGACCCAUCUAUGUGUUGGCUGGUUUGGCAUUUCUCAUCUCAGUAGCUACUCUGGCUAAGUUCAACUACAUCACACCACUAAGGUUCUCUGAUCGGUUCUGCAACUCUCACGGAAGCUUUGAAGGCGACGGCUAUAACAUCGGAAGCCAAAUGAGGAAGACGAUCGAAUCUGCCAUUUUCAAAAUCCACCAAGAAAUGGAUGAUCUCAAGGCUUUAGAAGCUUCUUCUGCAGCUCCAUCAUCUGAUUCAUCAGCUUCAGGAUCCAUGUUUAGGCACGUUGCUUUUCUUGCGGAUGUUCUCUCCCUGAUUCAAUCAGUUCAUAUGGAACUACCAUCGUUCGAAGAAAGAUUCGUAGCGGAUCAUCCGUUGAAGCAGCGGAACGGUGACCCGGGCGAGCAUUUCAUGAGGGAAGAGAUAAAGAAAUACAUAAAGAUCAAACCGAACCGGCUUGGGAAGCAGAACUUCAUGGGAGCUAACGGGACUUUCACCUCCAUCGGCCACGCUUGUUUCGCGAUGAAGAAAGAUCUAGAAGAGUAUAUGGACUACGACGUGGGAGAAAUCUGCAACGACGACUGGAGAUUAGCUCAGAAGCUUAUGGUUCACGGAUGCGAUCCGUUGCCUAGGAGACGCUGCUUCUCCCGUGCACCGCAGCUAUAUCACAAGCCGUUUCCGAUCAACGAGUCUUUGUGGAAGCUUCCGGAUAACCGGAAUGUGAGAUGGGGACAGUACAAGUGCAAGAACUUCGCUUGCCUCGCUAGCAACACAACAGCGCGAAAAGGGUUCUUCAAAUGCACUGACUGCUUCAACCUCACGCACCACGAGUCUCCCAGAUGGGUUAACCGAGGCGAAAUCGAUCCAGAGACUAACCAAACCGCGGAUUUCUCGAUACAAGAAGUGCUGGAAAUCAAACCGGGAGAGAUGAGAGUCGGAUUGGAUUUCAGCAUUGGCACGGGAACUUUCGCGGCGAGGAUGAGGGAACGCAACGUCACCAUUGUAACAGCGACAAUCAACCUCGGCGCUCCAUUCAACGAGAUGAUCUCUCUGCGCGGUUUAGUGCCUUUGUACUUAACCGUGAACCAGCGGUUACCGUUCUUCGACAGCACGCUGGAUAUGAUUCACACGACGAGGUUUCUCGACGGAUGGAUCGACCUGAUACUUCUUGAUUUCGUGCUGUUUGAUUGGGACAGGGUUCUAAGACCUGGUGGAUUGUUGUGGAUCGAUGGUUUCUUCUGUCUGAAAGAGGAUUUGGGUGAUUACAUUGAAGCUUUUAAAGCGUUGAGGUAUAGGAGACAUAAGUGGGUUGUUGUACCUAAGAGAGAUAAAGAUGAUAAGGAAGUUUUCUUCUCUGCUGUGUUAGAGAAACCUCCAAGACCCUUUAGAUGA